AUGAAUAUAACACUUCAAUCAUUAACAUUAGAUGAUGAUUAUGUUACUAUAAUACCUGGUUCAUUACCUGAAACUCUCACUAGAUUGAACCUUGGUGAGAAGUACAACAGCAAGUUGGAGCAUGGUACACUGCCAUCAUCAAUCACCUCUUUGGAUCUUGGCUAUGAUUUCAACCAUGGCAUCGAGCCUGGUACACUACCCGAGUCACUCACGGAAUUGGUGUUUAGCCUCUCCUUUGAUAAGAUGCUGCCGAUCGGAUCACUCCCCAAUCACCUCGUCAUUCUUAUGUUUCAUACCCAUUUCGACCAACCAAUCGUGCCUGGCUCCCUACCCGACUCAAUCGCUCACAUUUCCUUUGGUAAAUACUUCGACCAGCCUCUAGUCCCUGGGAUGCUACCAUCGUCGCUUACCGAACUGAUCUUUGGGAAAAGGUUUGAUCAGCCUCUGGUCCCUGGCUCUCUGCCCUUCUCACUCAUUUAUUUGGAGUUUGGCAAACAAUUCAGUCAAGAGAUUGUACAUGGCGUGCUGGGUAACAAGCUCAAAGCGUUAAUACUUGGCGAUCACUUUGCGGAUCUGAUUACCCCGGGGUUACUGCCAAACUCACUCAUUGAGCUCAAUGCAGGCAACUCCCCUCUCACGGCAACGCCUGGAGUUCUUCCUCCUUCGAUACUCUAUUUGAAAAUGGCUGGUGUAGAUGAAGGAUAUAAACAAAUAGCUCCACUCAGUCCACAAGCACUCCCGCCUACUCUAACCAGCCUGUGUUUGGGCGACGGACACACUGCCAAGUUGUUGCCUGGUGUCCUUCCACAGACUCUACGUUUGUUGGCGUUCCAUUACUUUUCAAACUUCAAUCAGGACAUCGAACCAGGUGUACUUCCACCAUCUUUAACCACUCUGGAAUUCGGUCAAUCAUUCAACAAAUGCAUCAAACCUGGAGUGUUGCCUGCAUCAUUGUUGAAUCUUACCUUUGGUUAUAACUACCAAACAAUGAUACCUGUUGGCGUACUACCCAAUGCCCUGACUGACCUGGACUUGGGACAAAUGUUCGAUCAUCCGUUGCCUGCAGGCACAUUGCCAGCUUCACUCAAGCAUCUUGUUCUGGGCAUAGAGUUCAUGGUUGAUGUUGGUAAAGUUGUGCUCCCUCCAAACCUCAACACGCUGUUCCUCUCCUCAUUGGAUCAUCUUUACUAUUGUGAUGCCAUAGUUGGUGAAUCAUUGAAGGAGGUCCACAUCAAUGUGUCCUGGGAGGAUCUCAUCGAAUCAUCAACUCCUUUCAAGCGCAGAUUGGAUCACUUGUACAUUAGCGUCGAUUUCUUUGUGAAACCAAAAAACAUGGACAACAAUACGAUUUGUCUAAAGAUUUUCUCCCUGGUCUCAAGAUUGUUUCCAAAUGUCAAUACCUACCACUUGGACCUUUCCCGAAAUGAUCAACAACUCCAUUGUAGCUUCAGACAUAUCAAUCAAUCCAUGAUCCUGUCUUUGUUGCCCAACAAUAAAAUGUACAUUGUUAAUGUCUAA